UGCAGUUGAGAUAAGUCUCUCUGUGUCUCUCUAUCAUUUAACUGAUCCAGCAGGUUCUUCUCAACAACAAACACCGAGUGCAGAUAUGUCUGCUGCCAGCUGUUUUCUGACUGAAAAUCAGUUUCUGUGCUCCAUCUGUCUGGAAGUGUUCACUGAUCCAGUCGCCAUACCAUGUGGACACAACUUCUGCAAAACCUGCAUCACUGGACACUGGGAUUUUAAUGUCCAGUGUCAGUGUCCGAACUGUAAAAAAGUUUUCAACACAAGACCAGAGUUGCAGGUCAAUACUUUAAUUUCUGAGAUAGCUGCUCAGUUCAGACAGCCAGCUCAACAGAGCGCCAGCAGAAGCAGCUCAGAGCAAAAACUUUCAAAUCUCGAAGAAGUUCCCUGUGACAUCUGCACUGGAACCAAACUGAAGGCUGUGAAGUCCUGCCUGGUGUGUCUAGUGUCCUACUGUGAGACUCACCUGGAGCCUCAUCUAACAAUAUCAAGUCUGAAAAGACAUCAGCUGGCCGACUCUGUGGAGAACCUGGAGGGCAGGAUGUGUACGAAGCAUGAUAAACUGCUGGAGCUGUUCUGUAAGACUGACCAGAUGUGUGUCUGCAUGCUCUGCACUAUUUCAGACCACAAGACACACGAUGUUGUUCCUCUAAAAGAAGGAUAUGAGGGAAAGAAGGCCGAGCUGGAGGCUGAAAUUCAAGAGAUGAUCCAGAAAAGACAAGAGAAGGUUGAAGAGAUCAAAAACUCAGUGGAGCUCAGUAACGAUGACGCAGACCGAGAGAUAGCAGAUGGUGUUCAGGUCCUCACCACUCUGAAGGAGUCUGUUGAGAGAAGCCAGGCCGAGCUAAUUGACACAAUCAAAGAGAAGCAGAAAAAGACAGAGAAACAGGCUGAAGGCUUCCUCACAGAGCUGGAACAGGAAAUCUCUGACCUGAGGAAGAGAAGCACUGAGGUGGAGCAGCUCUCACAGUCUGAAGACUAUCUCCACCUCCUCCAAAGCUUACUGUCCCUGAACACUGCUUCACUCACCAAGGACUGGACAGAAGUCAGUGUCCAUCCACUGUAUGCAGGGACUGUGAGUAGAGUUUUGGCUCACCUGGAAGAGAUGCUCAGUGAACAGAUUAAGAAGCUGUUUGGGGUUGAGCUGAAGAGGGUCCAGCAGUACGCAGUGGAUGUGACUCUUGAUCCUGAUACAGUAUAUACCAAACUCAUCCUGUCUGAUGACGGGAAGCAAGUAAAAUAUAGUGAUGACUGGAAGUUUCUCCCAGACAAUCCAAAGAGAUUUGAUACAUGUCCUAAUGUCUUGGCAAAGCAGUGUUUCCCUUCAGGAAGAUUUUAUUACGAGGUUCAAGUUAAAGGGAAGACUGACUGGUAUUUAGGAGUGGCCAGAGACUCCAUCAACAGGAAAGGGAGCAUCUCGCCGAGCCCUCAGAUUGGCCUCUGGCUAAUAUGUUUGAGGAAUGAAAAAGAGUACAAAGCUUGUGCCAGCCCUACAGUCCCUCUGUCUCUGAGAUCUCAGCCUGAGAAGGUGGGGGUGUUUGUGGAUUAUGAGGAGGGUCUUGUGUCUUUUUAUGAUGUUGAUGCUGCAUUUCUUAUCUACACCUUUACUGGCUGCUCCUUCAUGGAGAAACUCUACCCACUCUUUUGUCCUCAUGGUGACAACAGUGGUAAAAACUCUGCCCCUCUGAUUAUCUCUCCUGUCAAACACACUUGAGUAGAACAAUUAUUUGAUUUUCCUCAGAGAGAUUCACUAUCAGGGUAAAGCAAAAAUAGGUAGCCUAUGUGUUCUUACUUUGUCACACAACAGAAAAAUGUGUUACUGACCACCCAGCCAAAUUUGAAUGAUGAAAAAUUGCUACUGGGAGCGUGUCCACUGAAGGAUCUGAAAUGAGGGUCGAGCUGCUGCAAAGCAAUGGACUCUCAUUAGCAGCUAACCCAGUAGCACAUACAGUUUAUGGUAGCACAGCACACACCACCCAAGCCAAAAAAAAACAGUGUUGCUCUGCAGCGACAGCCUCUCAUUCAGCAGCUAACAGCAGCUAACGUUAGCACAAAGUAGGGCUGCAACUAACCAUUAUUUUCAUUGUCGACUAAUUUGUCGUUUAUUUCUUUGAUUAGUCGACUAAUCAUUUAAGCGAAAAAUGUGUUAUAAUGUUAAAAAAUGUCGGCCUGUCUCUCCCAAACCCCAAAAACUGUCUUGUUUCGUACUGGCACAGGGUUUUAGUUCUCUGUCAUGGGAGAGUGUGUAAAGCUGCCAAUAUCUGAACGUAAGAAGAUUAGUGGACUACUAAAAUAGUCACUUAUUACUUUUAUAGUCGAUUAGUCAUCGAUUAGUUGACUAAUCGUUGCAGCCCUAGCACAAAGCACACAGCCACAGCGGCAGGCCGUAACUACUGGCAGGCUAGGUAGCAAACUCAGGCAAAAAGACAGAAAGGCACGUUAGUGACAGGUAUUUUGCUUGUGUUUAUAUGAUUGUGGUAUUUCACAGAGAUGCUUUUUCAUGUAUUUGUAGAUAUGAACUUUAAAUGGCACUGCAUAGUUUUCCAUCUCUUCACAUGUUUUCAACAAGUAUUUUCAAAGAUAUGUGACAUGUUUUGAAAGAAAUCACUGAAUUUACUUCAGCCUUUAAAGGUCCAUAGUGUAGGAUUUCGGGCAUCUAGCAGUGAGGUUGCAAAACUGAAAGUUCUCUUGUGUGCCAAGUGUGUGGGAAAGUGAUACUCAACUCAAGGCCCACACUAGGGUGCCUGGUGGCCCCUUUUAUACUUUUAUUAUACAUUAUGCUGCCUUUUCACAGCCGCACAGCAACCGCAUACCUGCAAGAGUGCUCCCUAAAAAAGCAAAGCAGUCUGCUGCAACUACAACAACUACAACUGUGCUGACAGAGAUAAUUCAGGGAAUGACACUGAGGGAAGUGCAAGCUAGCUUGGAGCCAUAUAAAUAACAGCUGAAUAACUCUGAAGUCAUCGAAUACUGGUGCUUGGGCAGUGACUUCUGGUGUCAGGCAAAGACAAAGAAAAGCUGUACUCUCAUGUCGGCUUGAUACGCAGCCAGUCCCAGUGGCAUCGGCGGGAAAUGCGUCUAGACAACAACGGAGGUUAUGGGGGCAAAAGUCUCAGUAGGGCAGGCAAGAGGGGAGGUGGAUGGGCCCAUCAACCACCUACUUUCACCAGGGAUGCUGGCAUUCAUGUUCCGAAAGCGAAACCCUGUUCGUUUUUCCUCAACCCAGCUAUAUGCUUUUGUUGCCUUAACCUAAACAUGUGGGUGCUGGCUAAAGGUAACCACGUGUGCGUGAUGGCUAAACGUAAUCAUGUGCAUUUGUUGUUGAAGGGAAAAAACAUCAAUUGGCGGUGUUGUACCCAUGCAGUGAGUUUAUUUUGAAAGAGACUGUAUGCAAAGUGUACAUUUCCUGUGAAGGUAUAAGUGUAUUUUGAAAACAGACAAUAUAUGUAACAGGCAGAAGUUGACAUGGCAUCCCAGAAUUUCAACAACCAACGCACCCAAGGUACGUUGCACGUCACACGUUGACGUGGAAAAUCCAUUACCAAACAUCAAUAUGUGACAAGGACAGAAUGAGAAUGCGUUGUAUAAGUUGUUAACGCUGUGUUGUUCGACUCUGGGUGUUCCGACAUCAACAUUAUCAGCUUGGCACAGCAAAAUCUGUGCGUAUUUACGUGCUUCAUACCCCGACUGUUAUGUUCGUAACCACAUUCCCUCUGCCCCCUUCCUCUCUUUGAACUGACUGGAGGCUGCCAGUUACCACACGUGGGUGUGAAAGCAGCUUUAAAAAGGCAACAAAUUAGAGCUUGUUUAUCAAAAUAGUGCCGGAGGAGGAUCUGUGGAUCCCCUUGCAGACAUCCAAUCUAAGCCCCAAAUGUCCUCAAAUCCUUGAAAUGCCCCUGCGUACGUGUGCGGGGCUGCUGACUGGCUCUUGACCUCCUGUCAUUUUGCAAAAGUGGCCCCUGGGCAAUGUAAGUUGAGUAUGCAUGAUGUAGGAGAACUGCAGUGCCUGGCAAAAAAACGCGAAUGGCCCUAACUGGAGCCAGUGUUUGGCUUGUCCAGUCUGAACAACUGUAAAAACAACAUGGCAUAGCCCGUUGAAGUGUACCCACUCUACAUGUAGAUACAAAUGGCUCAUUUUAAGGUAACAAAAACACAACAAUUCUUAAUUUCAACUGAAUAUAAUCUAAUGAAAACAUAGUUAUGAAUAUUAUAUACAGUUACUGCCAAUAGAUGCCCCUAAAUCGUACACACUGGACCUUUAAUGUAAUGUGUAUUAUUUGUUAUGUUUAUGCAUACAGUGUUGUUUAUUUACUAUUUUUCUGUAAAUGGUUUUGUUUGAUGUGUCACUUGGCUACUUAGAGCAGAAAGAAUUUUGUGGCAUUGACUUAAUUUGUCUAUGUGGUAAAUUUAGUAAUUCUCUGAACCCAUCGGCUGUAUUUGGCGUCUGACUUCCGGCAGACGGCGAUACAACCUCUGGGGGCAGACCCCCGAUUUUUUGGCAUUCCAGUUUAAUUUGGGCGGAGGAGACAAAUUUCCGUUUUCUGACUUACGUUUAUAUAUAAGUAAAUAUGCUGAACCAUUGUGAUGGAUUCAGAGUUUGCAGUGACGCCAAUUAUGUUCCACCUCGUUAGUUCACUGCACGGAGCGUUUAACCUGGCAACAACUGCAGCCGGCUCAAACAUGAUUGAUCAAUAUCACGUGGACUACAAACAGCUCUUCAGCUCUUCUUCCGGAGGCAAGAUCUCCGGGGUUUGCCUACAGACUCUACAUUCACUGAAUGUAGAGUCUGUAUAUAGAGACUACCUGGCUUCAAGACUAUUUAUCAUCAGAAAACAAUGUACUCAGACAUGAGAAGCAUUUGCACAUUCCUUAGGUGUUGGUGUACAAAAUUCUGAAUAUUUUAAUUAAUUUUGAAUAAGACAAAAAUCAUUUGCUUUUCUCUCAUCUCAUUUUUA